UGGCAGGAGUUUCCUGUUCUGACCACAGAGGCCAGCGCUGGGAGCUCCCUGGGCUGGGCCUUUACAGCUCUGUGUUACAGUUCACGAAAUGCUCUCAACUUCUCAAAAAGCUGUUUUUUUCCUCUUGGGAGGGGCUGACUCUACCCUAAAUGAGAAUUUCAAGGUUGCCACUGCCCUGCCCAUCUGGAAACACCUCUCGCGUCACUCUAUACCUAUCCGGGUGGCCCCAAGGGAGGACUUGUACUCCGGCUGCCUCCCCAAGACACCAGACCCAGCCCGCCACCAUGAGGUUUCUAGUUCUCUCCAGUCUGCUCUGCAUCUUGCUUCUCUGCUUCUCCAUCUCAUCCGUGGAAGGAAAACGGCACCGUAGGCAUCCUGCCAAGCCCUUCAAAGGCAAGCUCUGCUGUUCCCAACAUCCCAGCCCUGUCCUGAAGACCCAGAACGGACGCCUCAGGAAGACCUGCAGACCAUGCAAGACCAAGUCAGAGUCUCACUUUUGGGUGGUGCCUGGAGCGCUCCCACAGGUGUAGUGUUUCUAACACAAAGUUCAGUCCCUGCCACACCAAAAGCUUCAGGUUCCCCCAGGAUUCUCCCCUGGAACCUGGGGAGAUGCCUCAAGUGCUGACCUAAGGAAGCCUCUGCCCAUGAAUCCGCAGUCUCCUCUCUUAGAGACACAACAAUUCUUGCCAGGAGCGUUGGAUUGUUCUAUGCUGCUUCCUCAGAAAAGGCUGAACCAGAAUCAUCUGAAAACUACAACAUAGAUUCAACAGAGCUUGGAAUGCCUGCCCUGCUGUGUAACCUUGCCCCUCUGGGUUCACGGUGGCUUCAGAGAUAUAAAAUCCAUUUAAAAAAAA